AUGGCCUUCUACAGCUGUAACAUGGUCCUUGCAAUAGCCAGGUCGAGUUUCAGAGGUUCCCAUCUUCUUGCGCACUUCAAUUCUCCAUACUCUCCAGCAGUUGCUUUUGUCCAACUAGUGGAUUCUCAUUUAAACUGGACUUGCAUAAGAGACUCUGAAAACCAGCCAUCACUGCACUGCACACGGUUGGGCACUGGCCUACCUCACACGCCCGCUAAAGUUGUGCGAACGUUUCACACGUCUGCGUGCUUGCAUCAGGAGCUCCGAGAUGAACCUCCGCCCCACCAAAGUACUGUAAAGCAGGGUACGAAGCCUGCUAAAACUCCGACAAAACAAGUCAUAGAGAGUCCUGUGGGAAAAAAGUCUUUACGCCAAAAAAUUGCGGAUGAAGUGAAACAUUAUUACAAUGGAUUCCACUUGCUUUGGAUUGACACUAAGGUGGCUGCCAGGAUGGUGUGGAGACUGUUACAUGGUCAGGUCCUCACUAGAAGGGAAAGACGAAGGUUGCUGAGAACUUGCGCAGAUCUCUUCCGGCUGGUUCCCUUCCUGGUGUUUGUCAUUGUUCCCUUCAUGGAAUUUCUGUUACCGGUAUUCUUGAAACUCUUUCCUGAAAUGCUGCCCUCGACGUUUGAGACAGAGUCAAAAAAGGAAGAAAAGCAGAAAAAGAAAUUGAAUGCAAAGCUGGAGUUAGCAAAGUUCCUGCAGGAGACAAUUGCAGAGAUGGCCAAGAGGAACAAAGCAGAUACAGGACAAGGAAAACAAUUCUCUUCUUACGUGCACCAGAUUCGUCACACUGGCCAUCAACCCAGUACCCAGGAGAUCGUACGCUUCUCCAAGCUCUUUGAGGAUGAACUGACCCUGGAACACUUGGAACGGCCACAGUUGGUAGCUCUUUGCAAAUUGCUUGAGUUGCAGCCCAUUGGCACCAACAAUCUGCUUCGUUUUCAACUUCUGCUGAGACUCAGAACUAUCAAGGCAGAUGAUGAAAUGAUUGCCAAGGAAGGAGUCAGUGGCCUAAGUGUAUCUGAACUGCAGAGCGCAUGCAGAGCCAGAGGAAUGCGAUCAUUGGGUCUCUCAGAGGAGCAACUAAAGGAACAGCUCAGACAGUGGCUGGAUCUGCAUUUAAAAGAGAAUGUUCCACCUUCUCUGCUCCUGCUUUCCCGUGCCUUGUGCUUAAUAGAUAUAAAGCCCCAAUCUGUUCCGAUUCCACAAAAUAAGACAGGGGAAACUGCUGAAAUCAUGACAUCUGUUCUUCAAGGUCAAGAGACCUUAGUGGAUCCUGCCCCAAUUUUACAGGGAAGAAGGAAGGAAGAAUUUGUAUCUCAGCCAACAGAGAAAUUGCCGGUCUCAGAGGUGUCAGUUAAGCCUCCCCCACAAGAGACUAAAAUGGAAGCAUCUCAGAGCAGCAAGGCCGGCGCCAAUGGAGUCUAGCCUGAUGCCAGUGAGGACUGUCUAACACUGGGAGAGAAGAACUUUCAUCUUUGCACUUCCUUAAGAGAGAAGAGUGAUUUUCCAGGAGGCUACUUUACACAGAAAGGUGUCAGUAGCCC